AUGAAGAAGAAUAUAAGAUCUCUUCCUUUGGCAAUAGGACUCCUCGAGUAUGGAGUGAAAACGGGAAACUCCGAUCAAGUGACUAUCCAAGCCACUGUAAUGGAUUAUUUGACAAACGAUCUUCAAGUGAUGGAAGUGGUAGACAAAGGAGCUGACUAUUUCUUCAACUUUAUUCAUAUGGAAAACGCUCAGCAACUAAAGUCAGGAUUCAUUUUACUGAACAGCAAAGUUGGACCUAUCAUAGCAGGAAGCGAUUAUACAAAUGAAUUGUGCCAUCACCAGAUCUUUGCAACGAAGACAUCUCAAGAAAACCGUGCCCUAGAUAUAGAUCAAUUUUGGAAGUUGGACUGUAUUGGCAUCCAAGAUCGAUCUGAUACACAAGAUGAUGAACAGGCACUGUAA